AAGAUUCCAGAAAGAUGUCUCAGCAGCAGCAGCAAUGCAAGCAGCCCUGCCAGCCACCUCCAGUAGUGUGCCCUCCCAAAUGCCCUGAGCCUUGCCCACCUCCAAAGUGCCCUGAGCCUUGCCCACCUCCAAAGUGCCCUGAGCCAUGCCCACCUCCUCAGUGCCAGCAGAAAUGCCCUCCUGUGCCACCUCCCCAACAAUGCCAAGAGAAGUGCCCACCCAAGUGCAAGUAAAAACUUUAGCUUUUACCUGGCUUAGGAAAGGAUAAGGACAGUUGACUCACCUGGCUCCACAGCUCUACCUUCGCCUUCUCUUCAAAUCCUAUCAUGGAUACAGAAGGAGCUUCUUCACCCUUCAGCCAGCAAUAUGCCUGUGGUGAUUUCAGACAGCUAGAGGCUUCUUUUCUGAAGUUGCUAUACUGCUUUGCUCUUGGAAGUGCCCAAGAAAGCAUCACAGAGCUUCAGAUGGAAGAACAGCAGCUCCUCUCCUGGGUCCCAUCAGAGGAUUCACUCACUGUCUUCUGUGUCUGUCACCUGGGCAGGGGUUUCUACAGGCUGGGAAAUUGUUACUUAUCCUCUACCUCCUGAAUAAAGUAGAAUUUCUUUGUGUGAUGUUUAAAA